AUGGCAUCAUCAAAUGAAGAACUUCAUUCUGACAGUAGCUUUUUAUCCCUGGCUGGGGCUGGAAAUGAAAACAGCACCGUGCCAACUGAUGGACCUUCAGACUCAAGAUGUCCCAUCUGCUUAGAAAAAAUACGGAAUGUGGCCUUCUUAAAUCCUUGUUUCCAUAGAUUUUGUUUUGCCUGUAUCCUAGAGUGGUCAGACAGGAAGGCAGAGUGCCCACUCUGCAAGCAACGUUUCCAUUCUUUCUUUCAUACCAUAAGAUCUGACACAGACUUUGAGGAAUACAUUGUUCCUUUUGAAAAUGCAUCCUAUAGCAUGUGUGGGGAGAGGUCAGCAACUAAUCAAAGAUCUGAAACACUGCCAGAGAAUGGGAUCUUAUAUGGAGAAUAUUCAGGUCCCCACUCACAAGAUAGGAUAAGAACACUUGAUGAGCUGAUGAGACAACUUGGAAUAAGAAGGUCAACUCAUCCUGGAGGAAUAUCCCUUGCACAAAUUCGAGAGCAGGCUUCACUGCAGUUCAGAAGAGGUCUAUAUCAGUUAGGAAUUUGUGUCAGGAAUGUCCAAAGUGGAGGAUUUUAUAGAGAUAUAUCAGCAGAUUUUUUUCACAGGAAUCCUGUCCGCCUUAACCGGUUAGUGCCUUGGUUGAAGCGUGAGCUGCGAGUACUGUGUGGAACACAUUCAUCAUUAGUCAAUAACAUACAGCACAUCAUUCUGAAUAACAUAACUAUUUAUGAUCUGGACAGUCAAGAAUUUGCUGAUGUGAUUCAGCCUCACUUACUCCAUUAUACCAAUCACUUCCUACAUGAAUUCAUUAAUUUUGCUCGCUCUCCUUUCAACAUUAGGGCUUAUGACUGGCGAGCCAGUUAUGAUGUUCCCUUCCCUAUGCUUGAUGAUAGGUUUCAGUCCUAUUCUUCUUUUACUACCUCUUCUUCAGAAGAUGAGGAGGAAGAAGGAGAAACAGAAGACUCAAAUGAGAAUGAUGGGGAAGUUGGAGAAACAAUGUCAAGUGAUGAGGAAGAAACUUGGGAUGAUGAAGUCCAGGAAUCAACUAGUUCCGGUUUAGACGAUAUUUUGGAUGAUUUUUUUCUUCCUUUUGGAUCUUCUGAUGGGGAACUUGUAAGAAAUGAGGACAACGUGGAUGCAUUUGUCCAAGCUGAUGGACAUUUAGGUACCCCCAAUGGACACUGUCCAUCAACAUUGGGUACCCACAAUGGACACUGUCCAUCAAACAAAUACGUUCUGAAUCAAUUAGAAGAGAGGGCUCCAAUACUAAGCAAAUCCAUCCCAGGCUGUAAGGAGAGAACAGAGAUCAAUAUAGCUGAAGUGCAGGGGGAGGAUGAUGAAGAAGAAGAAGAAGAAGAAGAGGAAGAAGAGGAAGAGGAAGAAGAGGAAGAAGAGAAAGAAGGAGAACUAGCACAUAAGCAAGAGGCCUUAAAAAGUGUUGAUUUUGUUAAUUUUGUUGACCUUUCUAAUGGUCCAGGGCCAGGUAUACCUAAAGUUGGCCAGCUUGUUGGCAGUAACCAUGCAUCAAAGACUCUGCAACUUCCAUCCCAAGAACAAGCAGAAAACGGCACGGAACAGACCUCAUUGCAACAACAAGACUUAGUUAGUACUAAAGUGAUCCAUCACAAAGGGGAGGAAAUUAUUGUCAUUGAGAUGCUUCAACCCCAAAGAGAAGACAUUUUGGUUAUUGAACACAUUGAACUAAAAACAAGAGAAAAGGAUAACCCCGGUCAAUUGCUUUGGCCAGAAGAAAAGGUUAAAACUGCAGAACUGCAGUUUUCUACUGAAAUCCCUGCAAGUGGUUCUGCUACCGAGUGGGAACCUGGAUGUUUUUCACGUAUUAAAAGACCAUUUCAACCUAAUAGCCCACAAGAGAACUUUUGA